UCUGAUCCAUUCACCACACAACUUCAGCCGGCUGAACACACUCGCACGGCUCCAGCACAUCUUGCUAACCUAAUUCAGAAAACAAGUGCUACAGCUCUCUGCCUGUCAUCUUUGCUCUCUGUAGCAUUUUCAGGUGAUCCUGGAAACUGGGUUAUUUUCAUGAGGAAGUAAGAGAAAUAGGAAUCAUGGUGGGCCUGUAUUUAACAGCCCCAGUACUGGAUAAAACUUAAAGCCAGUUACUAUUCAACAUAGUGAAAAGGUCACCUUGCCUGCCUGAGAAAAGAAGCAAAAUACCAGCUUGUUGGUUUCUGUUAACAUAUCAGCUCGUGCCAGCCUCUUUUCCUUGAUGUUCGUACCAACUUGGGAUAUCUAGCUCUAAAGAGAGACAUACUGUACUCAUGGUAGAUGACAAGGAAAAGAACAUGAAAUGUCUCACCUUCUUCUUGAUGAUUCCAGAGACGGUAAAGAACAGAUCCAAGAAAAGCUCGAAGAAAACAAAUACCAGCAGCAGCAGCAGCAGCAGCAGCAUCAGCAAGUUGCCUCCAGUUUGUUAUGAAAUAAUUACCUUAAAGACUAAAAAGAAGAAAAAGAUGGCUGCUGACAUAUUUCCCCGCAAAAAACCAGCAAACUCCGGCAGCACCACUGUCCAGCAGUACCACCAACAGAAUCUCAGUAACAAUAACCUGAUUCCAGCCCCGAAUUGGCAAGGUCUUUAUCCUACCAUCAGAGAAAGAAAUGCGGUGAUGUUCAAUAAUGAUUUGAUGGCAGAUGUACAUUUUGUGGUUGGGCCACCAGGUGGGACUCAGCGGUUGCCAGGACACAAAUAUGUUUUAGCUGUUGGGAGCUCUGUGUUCCAUGCUAUGUUUUACGGAGAACUUGCUGAGGACAAGGAUGAAAUCCGUAUACCAGAUGUCGAACCUGCUGCUUUUCUCGCAAUGCUGAAAUAUAUCUAUUGUGAUGAAAUUGACUUGGCUGCUGACACAGUGCUGGCUACUCUGUAUGCUGCCAAAAAGUACAUUGUUCCUCACCUCGCCAGAGCCUGCGUUAAUUUCCUGGAGACCAGCCUGAGUGCCAAGAACGCCUGCGUGCUCCUCUCCCAGAGCUGCUUGUUCGAGGAGCCAGACCUGACCCAGCGUUGCUGGGAGGUGAUCGACGCUCAGGCUGAGUUAGCUCUUAAGUCUGAGGGAUUUUGCGAUAUCGACUUCCAGACACUAGAAAGUAUCCUCCGCAGGGAAACACUGAAUGCCAAAGAAAUUGUUGUUUUUGAGGCAGCUCUCAACUGGGCUGAAGUAGAAUGCCAGAGGCAAGAUUUAGCUCUGAGCAUUGAAAAUAAACGCAAGGUCCUCGGAAAGGCACUUUACUUGAUCCGCAUACCUACAAUGGCCCUGGAUGAUUUUGCAAAUGGUGCUGCACAGUCGGGUGUUCUAACUCUCAAUGAGACCAAUGACAUCUUCCUCUGGUACACUGCAGCCAAGAAGCCCGAGCUGCAGUUUGUCAGUAAAGCCCGAAAGGGCCUUGUCCCGCAGCGCUGUCACCGUUUCCAGUCGUGUGCCUACCGGAGCAACCAGUGGCGCUAUCGGGGCCGCUGUGACAGCAUUCAGUUUGCAGUGGAUAAGAGAGUAUUCAUCGCUGGCUUUGGGCUGUAUGGCUCCAGCUGUGGCUCUGCGGAGUAUAGCGCCAAGAUUGAACUCAAACGUCAGGGAGUUGUCCUGGGGCAGAACUUGAGCAAGUAUUUCUCAGAUGGCUCCAGCAGUACCUUCCCCGUGUGGUUUGAGUAUCCGGUGCAGAUAGAGCCAGACACUUUCUACACAGCCAGUGUGAUACUGGAUGGUAAUGAACUCAGCUACUUCGGACAGGAAGGCAUGACGGAGGUUCAGUGUGGCAAAGUGACCGUCCAGUUUCAGUGUUCCUCGGAUAGCACCAAUGGCACAGGGGUACAGGGAGGGCAGAUUCCCGAACUUAUAUUCUAUGCUUGAAAACACUCCCCGAAGCAGUGUGAGCUCUGAAGUGCACAUCUGGUUCCUACUUGCUUGAUGCUUAGCUCAUCUGCAGAUAUGUGAUCAGCGCAGGUAAUUUUGUAAUGAAUGAAGCUGUAGGCAGUUUUCUAAUUUCUUUCAACCUUUUAAUUAUGUACAGGCAAAAAUGCAGCAUUCAGCUUUUAACUAUAUGCUUAAAAGAGCCUAGUUCUUAUUAGGGCUGUGUGGUUUUUAGAAUUGCGUCCGUCUCUACAGCUGGGGAGAAUGUGUGCUCUUUUCUAACUGCCCCAUUGACCUACCAGGUCUGUCUCUCUUAAAAAUUGUUUUGGAUCACCUCAAAUUUCCUUUAGGGCUUUAUUUUGACAAAUAGAAAUAGUCUAAAGUAAUAAUGACAAGAGUUGUUUUUAAACAGAACCCCUCCCCUCAAAAAAAAAAACACAACACAUAAACCUAGUGUACAAUUUUGAAAGUUUUGCUUUCUACUGAAUAAUAAUUUAAAGAGGAGACAGUAGUUGUGUUUAGCUCUAUUUCCUUUUAACUUCUGGGCAUGGCAUUUUCUUAAAUCCUAAAUUCAUAAGAUUGUUAAAUAUUAAACACUGCAAAGUAUUGGUACAAAGUGGGAAAAUAAGAAAUUGGAUGUUUGUUUAGGCCAUGACUUCUGCUACAGCAGGUUUGUAUUCUUUAGAUUAGAAGACAAAAGUAUUGAGUACAGACACUUUUUUAAAAGUAACUAAAUUAUAAAAUUUUGUUGUCAUUAGAAACAAUUUCAGGCUUAUUAUUUUAAACUUGAAACAGUUCAUAAAGGAAACCUAAAAAAGUCUCAUACUAUAAAUGGGUUAAUUGAUGGCACAAUAAAAUGCACAGUUUGAAAAAGUCAAACUCAUUUCUCCCCAGUUAGCUUCUGAUCCCCACCAUUUGCUUGUUUUCAUAAAUCAUACUGUAUAGAAUACCUCUUCUCUUCUUUUUUUUUUUUAAUGAAAAGAGGACCAAACAAUUCUUUAGAUGAAUGGAAAAACCAUUAGUUUUGUAGCACUACACGUUAUAUAAUAAGAUACCUUUAUUCAUUGAUUUUUUAAAAAUAAAUAUACUUUAUAUGUUCUACUUUGGUCACAUACUAUCUUAGUUAAUUAUAAUUCUGUCUUGUUCCUGGACUGCUAGAAUCUGGCCUCUGGCCAUCUUAAAGUGCCAAUGUAUACCUUCAGGGUUUUUUAAAAAGUGACCUGGAGCAAUACACCUGAUUAUACCUAAUAUUUUACUGCAUCAGCAUCACAUCCAGCUCCUUGCUUGCCCAUAGAUAACAUAAACAAAGGAGGGAAAAGCUUGUCAAAAAACUCUCCUUUAGCGAUGGCUUGUGAUGCUUAAGUGCCGCUGACCCUGGUAGUGUCCAGUGUGUUUACUUCCAGUUGAAGUAUCCAUGUGUUCCUGAGCAGCUUUUCUGCUCAUUGUGAUCCUGAGAUGGCUUCCCUCCCCACCCAGAGUGUGGUCCCUGGCCGCCUCCUUCUCCUGCUCUGUAAGCCUGAAGCUGGCUUGUCUGGAGCCAGGGGUUAGUCCUGGGGUGGGUCUGUGUGCAUGGGCACCCAUGUGCACGCAAGUAUGUUUGCCAACUCAGGAAUUGUCUCCUCCCUGCCUGGCCGGUGAGAGGUGGGACAGAAAUGUUCCCCCUGCUGGCCCCAGCAAGGCCCCAGUGAGUGACUGCCCAUACAUUCACUGUGUUUCUGGGCUACUACUUCCCCUGUGGACAAGGGCUGGUUGCUUUUGGCCAGCUUUCCUGAUGGAGGAGAACACUGGAUUAUGGGAAAUGUUUUAAUCAUCUUUGCCAUUACCUCUGUCUGUUAGCAUAGAUGAUCAAAAGCUGUUACUGGUGAUUAUAAAUAAGUACUCCCAGGACAGCUUUACAAAAUUGUCUAACAAUAAUUUCAUAUUAGAAAAUGACAGAUAGUUUUGGCAAUGUAUCUAUGAAAUAAGGGUACAUUUUGCAUUUUAAAAAUACUUCUACAAAUGAUUUUGUUUUUAAAUUACGAUUAAACAUUUCAGGAAUUCAUAGCUACCAUAUGCAAAUUGGUAGGCUGUGUACCUGAUUAGAAGGCACUCAUUUAUAAGCCAGAGGAGAAGAAACUUUAUUUAGCACUAGCUUCAUCAUAUCAGAUUGUGAGGUGGGUGUGAUGACCUUAGAGUGGAGAUAGUUCACUCAGUAACGCUCACUGUGCAUGCUCCUGUUAGCUAGCUGCCCUCCGCAUGGCUAGGGACCUGCUGGGUGAAAGCCACGUGAGAUCCUGUACACUGGGUAUAGAAGAACCUAAUUUUAUGUUAAUUUCUAUUAAAGAAAAAAGACAUUUUUGCCACCCGAUUGGCUGGUGCUGAGAGCUGUGGGUUAAAUUUGAAAACUUGUGUUUUAAAUCCUAUUCUCACCUUCUGCAUUUCAACAACAUGGAAUGAAGGCUAAUGUGCUUGCUUUAUUUAUUUAUUUUUAUUUUUUGGUAAUCUUAAUUUUGUAACUUUUAAAAGUAGAAACUAUUGUUCUGACAAGGCAGGCAACUCUAGUAUAUAAACACAACUCUAUUAAACAAAAUACUCCAUAGAUGCUUUUCCCAAUGUUUCUGACAGUCUUUGUCAUCGUUCAUUCUGGGGAUAAGGGGGAACUAGGUUAGCAGUUCUAAUGUAACAUUCUUUAAGCGUAUCUUAAUAUAGUAUUUAAAUAAAUUGUCUCAUUUCUACAUAAUUAUUGCACUGAACUGUCUUUUUCAUUUUUUAAGGUGUUGAAAUAAGCUUGGCUAAUUCAAGACACUAGCCACUUGUGCAUUAGAGUGCUUGAAUUUAGUAGCUUACAGCAUUAUUUAUGAAGGAAAAUAUAUAAAUAUGAAGUACCUCAUGUUGAAUGUUAUUGUACUGUAUUUUUAAUGUAACAGUGCAGAUCUUGUUAGACACAUGAAUGUGUAUAAUCAUGUUAAAUGCAAAUAAAAAUAAAACUGAUUCAUA